UAAACAUUGCUCGAUUUGUCCAAAUUCUGGUUACACUUUCCGUGCAAAGCACAUCACUCGCUCGAAAAGUCAAUGAAGCGUUUGCGCAGACAGCGAACGCGAACACAAAAGAAAACGCACGAUGUUGCUGCCCCAGGCUGCAAACUUACACUUUUACACGUCUAACGCGAUCGGCUUAGGUUUCGCCAACUGCUAGCACUUCAGGGAUGGCAAUUAGCUCCCAGGGCUGCGCAGUCGAACAUCAGCGUUUUGGCAUUCUUUUGCCCGCUAAACCGCCAGGGCUGCAAAAGAGGGUGCGUUCAGCAGGGAGUAACGAAAAGUGAUUACCGAUUCGAUGGGAUGGAUGUUCUAUCGAUAUACGAAUUUACAACGAAAUCUUUAGAAACUGUACGAAUCUUAAGUUAUUUCUCAAGGAAUUGUCUAGAUCUAUAA